AACCUUUGGUUUAGCGGGUUCUGGGCCCUUCCCUGGUUCCGCUUGCCUGCGCACCGGGGACCCAGUAAAGGAACUGCCCCCCCUCCCAGGCUCUAACGGGUUAAUCCUGGGCCCGCCCCUCGCCGCCCGGCCGGCGGGAGUAUGAAUAGCCUCGCUCAGACCCGGGCUCAGAUGCUCGACCGCUCCGCCCAGUCAUUGUCCCGCAGGUCUCUUCUCUACAGCCCAAGGCUCUGAGCGCCUCCGCUUUCUCCUGGCGCCCGGCGUCGGUCCGCCCUUGGUGAUCCGUCUAGCAGCAUGGACGGCUGCGUGGGGGAGGAGUCCUUCCAGCUGUGGGAGCUCAACCGGCGCCUGGAGGCCUACCUGGCCCGAGUCAAGGCGCUGGAGGAGCAGAACGCGCAGCUGAGCGCGGAGCUCGGGGGCCUCCGGGCACAGUCCGGCGACAACUCCUGGAGGGCGGGCGCCGACGGCGAGCUGGCGGCUCUGCGCGCCCUCGUCGACCAGCGCUGGCGGGAGAAGCAUGCGGCCGAGGUGCAGCGCGACAGCCUGGCGGACGAGCUGGAGGGUGUGGCUGGCCGGUGCCAGCAGCUGCGGACGGCCCGGGAGCGCUCGGUCGAGGAGGCUGCGCGCAGCCGGCGCGCGGUGGAGGCCGAGCAGCGCGCCCAGGACUGGCUGAGCGCGCAGGCGGCCGAGCUGGAGCGCGAGCUGGAGGCGCUGCGCGCGGCACACGAGGAGGAGCGCGCCAGUCUGCACGCACAGGCGGCCUGCGCCCCGCGCCGCCCCGCGCCACCCCGAGGGCCCCCAACCCCAGCCCCGGAGGUGGAGGAGCUGGCCCGGCGGCUGGGCGAGGCGUGGCGUGGGGCAGUGCGCGGCUACCAGGAGCGCGUGGCGCACCUGGAGACGUCGCUGGGCCAGGCCCGAGAGAGGUUGGGACGUGCAAUGCAGGGCGCCCGGGAAGGCCGCCUGGAGCUGCAGCAGCUCCGCUCCGAGCGCGGCGGCCUCCAGGAGCGCAGAGUGGCGUUGGAGCAGAGGUUGGAGGACCGCUGGCAGGAGCGGCUACGGGCCACCGAAAAGUUCCAGCUGGCCGUGGAGGCCCUGGAGCAGGAGAAGCAAGGCCUGCAGAGCCAGAUCGCCCAAGUCCUAGAGGGCCGGCAGCAGCUGGCACACCUCAAGAUGUCUCUCAGCCUGGAGGUGGCCACGUACAGGACUCUUCUAGAGGCGGAAAACUCCCGGCUGCAGACACCUGGUAGCAGUUUCAAGGCUUCUCUCAGCUUCCAGGACCCCAAGCCGGAGCUGUAUUUCCCUGGGACCCCAGAGGGCCAGCGUCUGGGACCUGUUGUCCUCAGUCCGACUUCUCUCCCCUCCCCCUUGCCUAACACCCUCCAGACACCUGUGCCAGCCUUUCUGAAGAGCCAGGAGUUCCUCCAGGCCCGUACCCCUACCUUAGCCAGCACCCCUAUCCCACCCACACCUCAGGCUCCCUGCCCUGCUGCAAAUGCAGAGGCCAGAGCCCAGGAUGGCCCUUGUUCCCUGCUCCCACAACAGGGUGGGAGGCAACAGGCUCCAGAGCCACUGUGGGAUGAAGCUCAGGCAGCAAUCACUGCCAGCAUCCUUCCAGGACCAGAGGAACCUGGUGGCAAGCAGCAAGAGGCCAGUCCAGGUCAGUCCCCUGAGGACCAGGCCUCCCUGGCCCCACCCCUCAGCCCUGACGAGCCCAGUUUAGAGGCAAAAGACAGAGAACCCAGUGGGUCUGGAGCAUCUAGUGUAUUCCAGGAGGAAGGUAAAGGGCAGAGCCAGGGACUGGUAGAGAAAGAAGUAGCAGUAGAGGUCCAAAUAGUGAGCAGCUUGCAGCAGCAAACAUGGCAAGAAGGAGGGGACCUGGACGUGAAGGAAGCCGAGGACUCCCAGGGUCCUCUGGAAAAAGAAACCCUGAAGGCUGUGGGAGAGACUCCAAAGCCACUGAUGCUGCUGGAGAACCAGAGCCACGAGGCCAGAGAGAGAGAAGAUCGGGAAUCUCUGAAGUCUUUAGAGGAAGAGAACCUAGAAACACUAAAAAGUCUAGAAAAAGAAAAUCAAGAAGGAUUGAGGUCCUUAGAAGAAAAAGAUAUGGAAGCAGAGAGACUUCUAGAAAAGGAAGUCACUGAAUUACCCAAGUCUGUAGGAGGAGAGGACUCCCAGACAUUUCAGUCUUUGGAAACGGAGAACCAAGGACUAAUGUUAUCUCGUGAAGGUAAUCUAGAGACUGUUGUACUUCCAGAAAAGGAAAAUCAAGAACUAGUGAGAUCUCUAGAAGAGGAGAAUUUAGAAGAGUCAUUGAGCACUCUUAAAAAGGAGACCCAAAAGCCACUGAGUUCUCAAGAAGCAGAGGACCAGGAGAUACAGAAAUUUCUACCAGAAGAGAAUCAGGAGUCCUUGAAGUCUCUUGAAGAUGAGAGCCAGGAGACCUUUAAAGAUAAUCAGGAGCCACUGACCUCUGUAGAAGAGAAUGAGAAGACUGUGAGACCUUUAGAAAAAGAGAAGCAGGAAUUACUGAAGUCUCUAGAGGAAGAAGAAGAGGAAUUUGUGAAAACUCUAGAAAAAGAUGAUCAGGAGUCUGUAAGGUCUCUAGAAGUAGCAGACCAAGGGAAUGUGAGACCUCUAGAAAAAGAGAACCAGGAGUCCCUGAGGUCUCUAGAAGAGGAAGAGGAGAAGACUGUGAGACCUCUGGAAAAAGAGAACCAGGAACCACUGGGGUCUCUAGAAGAUCAGGAGACCUUGAGACCUCUAGACAAAGAGGAUCAGGGGCCACUGUGGACUCAGGAAGAAGAGGACCAGAAGAAUGUGAGGCCUCCAGAAAAAGAGAACCAGGAGCCAUUGGAGUCUCUGGAAGAAGAGGAUCAAAAGACCAUGAGCCCUCUAGAAAAAGAGAAUCAGGAGCUACUGAGGUCUCUAGAAGAAGAUCAAGAGACAUUGAAAACUCUUGAAAAAGAGACUCAGCAGUCACUGAGGGCUCUAGGGGGAGAAGGCCAAGUGACAUUGGGGCUGCUAGAAAAGGUGAAUCCAGAACCACUGGAAUCUCUUGGAAAUGAACAGGAGGUAGUUGGAUCUUCUGAAAAAGAGCAUCAGGAGUUAUUCAGAUCUCUGGAAGGGGAGCGUACAGAGGCAGUGAGAUCUUCAGACACACAGAACCUAGAGCCACUGACGUCUGCAGAAGAGGACCUGGAAAUGCCAACAUCUCUAGAAGCUCAAGAAUCACUGUGGUCUCUAGAAGAAAGGAACAGAGAGACAGCGAAACCUUUGGAAAAGGAAAUUCAAGAAACACAGGGGUCUGUGGAAGAGAACCAAGAGACACCAAGUCCCCAAGAAAAGGAGAAUCAAGAAACGCUGAGACCUCUGGGCGAGUGGAACCCUGAGAACUUGAGGUCUCCAGAGGGGGCAGGGAAGGAAGGUCACAAAGAUCUAGAAAAGGAAGGGAGCCUGUUGAAUGGAGAGAAACAAGAGUUACUGAGGUCUCUAGAAGAAGAAGCACAGGAGCUGCCUCUGUCUGAGAAUCAGGAGAGGUGUGAGGCUGUAGCCGUGGGAGACCAAGAUCUGGGUCAGGAAGCCCCAUCUAGCGGGGAGGGAGUGGGUGAUGAAGGUGAGGCCGAGCUGGGCCUGAGGAAGCAGGAUGGGAAUUCAGCAGCAGAGGCCUGGAGCACAGGGAGCGCUGAGCCCGAAGAGCAGAGGGUCCCAGCUGAGGGAGCCAGUGGGCGGGAAGGAGUUGAGGGCCCCCAGGACCUAGAAGGGCCACCAGAGCAGGUGGGGACCCCAGGCCUCGAAGCUUCCCAGGAAAUGGCAGAGGUGCCAGAACCCCAGCGGGAAGAUGAGCAUGAGGGCCCAUGGGGUGACCAAGCCUCACUAGAGGUCACCUGGGGGGCAGAGACAGUCAAGGGAGGGUCUGCUGCAGGAGCUGCAGGAGCUGAGCUGGGACUGGAGCAGGAGGUAGGAGGGCUGGAGGACCAGGAGGACCUGGCACACCCUGCCCUGGAGGAGGCUGUGCAGCCACCCUCAGGAGAGGACAGUCUGGAGGCCGAGAGUGCUGAGGGCUUGGAAGGGCCCGGGCAGGACCACAUGGGUGCAACACUCCCCAACCUGCCCAGCAGAAGCAGGGACCUUGGGGAGCCUCCCAAGGGCUGGGAGGAGUCGGAGCCUGAGGCCCCUGUGGGAGCGGAGGAUGUGUCCCCCACUGAUGCCCCACAGCCCACACCCUCGGGGUCAGAGGAUGCUCAGGAUACACAACCGGUGCUGGGGCCCACUCAGCCCCAGACACCCACCCCAAUCCUGGAAGAUUUCCCUGGGCUCCAGAAUGAGGGGGGCCAGGAGGCUGUCAGGGGGCUCCAAGAGAGGACUGAAGCCCUGAGAAAGGUGGAGGGUGAGCAGGAGGAGUUUGGUCCCGAGGAGAUUCCCGAGGACCUCCAGGAGGAAGAGGAGGAGGAGGAGGAGAGCAGAGCAGAGAGUGAGGCAGAUGAGCUUGGGGAAACCCUUCCUGACUCCACUCCCCUGGGCCUGUACCUCAGGUCCCCCUCAUCCCCUGGGUGGGACGUGGUGGGAGAGCAGAGGCCCUCCCCUCAGGGAGAGGCCAGGAAGGAGGGCUGGGAUCCUGCUGUCCCUGUCCCGGGCCCACACUCAGAGGAGGAGGAGAAAGAGGAGAAUGGGGAGGAGGAUCGUGGCCAGGACUCUGAGCUAUCAGACGAAUUCGAGGACCUGCAGACAGAGGCUUCUUUUCUUCCUGGGGUCCCCAGGAAGGCAGCAGAACCUCUGGGCCAGGUGGCCCAGCUGCUGGAGCCUGCAGUCUGGGAUCGGGAUGGGGAGUCUGAUGGGUUUGCGGAUGAAGAGAGUGGGGAGGAGGCGGAGGAGGAGGAGGAGGGGCGGGAGCCAGGGUCUCCGAGGUGGGGGUCAGGGUCCACUGUGGGAGGCCUGCAGGCCUUGAGUAGCUCUCAGAGAGAGGACCACCUGGCACCUGAAGCCCUGGGCAUCAGUGUCCCCUGGGACGAUGGCUUGCAGGGUGCUAUGGCCGAUCCCCCUGUGACUGCCCUGGAGACCGAGUCCCAGGACAGUGCUGAGCCUUCUGGCUCAGAGGAGUCUGACUCUGCUCCCUGGGAGAAGGAGGACCAAGUCCUUGGUCCUUUGGAGACCCCCGGUGGGUUGGAGGAUACAGGCCUGGGAGGCACCCACAGUGUCAAUGGGGGCCCCAACUUGGAGGAGUCCGAGCACACAAGUGGGAGGGUGGUGAAUGGGCUGGAGCAGUCCAAGGGAGGGGGGCACAGAACCCCAGAACCCCCUGAUGGGGAGGGAGGGACCCCCUCACAGAAAGAGGAGGGGGUUGCCCUGAAGACCCCCUGGGCAGGGACUCCUGUGCACCUGGGCCCAAGCCAGUUCCUGAAGUUCGCUCCGAGGGGUGGCGAUGGAGACUCCUGGUCCUCCGGGGAAGACUAGAGCAAGCUCCUAGACACCAGGAUCUGGAGGAGGCUGUCUCCAAGACCACUCCACCCCGGGGUUGGCACCCUUAACUUAUGACCUCUUGGCCCGGGGUUUCAUCUGAGAGGGAGAAGCUUGGCCUGCUAAGGUGGAGUAGCGUGUGGCAAAGGAGCUGUUCCCAGACUGGAGGCUCUGGGGACAAAACCCUUGACUGCCUGGGGACAACCUGCUUCCCUCGACGCAGAGGCUAACGCAGUGGAACCCCUGUAGUGCUAGGCCCCCUUUCCCCUGCACCCCAUCACUGGGAAAGGUCUUGGCAGUGCCCUUUCUGUGGGGAAAGGGUUUGCCUUUGGGGAGGUCUGGCCUGUGGCUAAUGGAGGUGAGGGGUGCGCCUGUGUCCUGACCCCUUUGCCUCGGCUGUCUGGUGGCCCUGCCUGGCUCAUCCAUGCUUGAAUAAAGUCAUGCCUGCGCCUACAGAA